ACAGUCAACUGACUGUCAGAUGUUGUCAAAUAUGAAAUCAGAUGUUUUUGAUUCAAAAAUUCGUAAAAUUAAGUAAAUGGAAAAAUAUUGAAGACCAAUAAAUAUGAAGACAUAUUGCAUUAUGAAUUAUUAUAGAAAACUGAUAAAAUGUGGACAAAUACGCGCAUUCUGUAGCAAUUUUGGUGCGGAACAAAAUGGAAUAGAAAAAAUAAGAAAUAUAGGAGUUUUAGCCCACAUUGAUGCAGGUAAAACAACAACAACAGAGAGAAUGCUGUUUUACUCCGGAACCAUCAGAACAAUGGGAGAGGUGCAUCACGGAAACACUGUGACUGAUUACAUGGAGCAGGAGAGACAGAGGGGAAUAACCAUUACCUCUGCUGCUGUCUCCUUUCCCUGGAAUGGUUACCAGAUCAAUUUAAUUGACACCCCUGGGCACAUAGAUUUUACUAUGGAGGUGGAACAGAGUUUAGCAGUGCUGGAUGGAGCAGUUGUUGUUUUAGAUGCUUCUGCGGGUGUAGAAGCGCAAACUUUAACGGUAUGGCGCCAAGCAAAUGGUCACCGUGUACCUCGCAUCAUCUACCUCAACAAGAUGGACCGUUCCGAUGCAGAUGUGGAGGCCUGCGAGAGGUCUAUACGUGACAAGCUGAGGGUCACCCCGCUGGUACUGCACACUCCUGUGGUACAUGAGGGCAAACUUAUUGGUCUCAUAGACUUAAUAUCGCUACAAGAAAUAAUUUGGACAUCCGGCAGAGGCCAGAACCUGUCACGAAGGAAACUCACCGAGGCCGACGGCAAGAAAUGGGAACUUGCUCUCAACGACCAUAGACAACUGAUAGACACGAUCUCCUCUCUCGACGAUGAGCUGGCAGAGACAAUAAUCCAGCAGGAAUCACUGGAUAAUCUCAACACCAAAGAUGUAUUGAAUGCCGUGCGCAGAUGUGCCGUCAAUAUGAAGGCAUAUCCAGUCAUGUGUGGCAGUUCAUACAAAAAUAUCGGUGUUCAGACACUGAUGGAUGGUAUUGUAUCGUUUUUGCCGCAUCCGAACGAAGGGAGCAGAUUACAGAAGUUUUUCGGUGAGGAUAUGAGCGCAAGAGCGUUUAAGGUGCAGCACGAUGACCAGAGGGGUGUGCUGACCUUCCUCAGGCUGUACAGCGGCGAGUUCAGCAAGGGGCAGAAGGUGUAUAACAUCGCCAGGGAUAUGAGUGAACAAACAGGUUCACUGUACGUAGCUUUAGCGGACGAAUACAAGCCAGUGGACAAGGUGACAGCUGGCAACAUCGCCGUGGUCAGCGCUCUUAAAGUCACAAUGACAGGUGACUUGGUAACGUCCACCAACGCAGCGGCCAGUCGCGCCAAGUCUAGACUUCGGGAAGUACUAAAGGACCCUAAGCAGGCUGAAGAGCUGAUGAUUCCUAGUGCCAAGCAGCGGCUGCAGGCCACAGAGAACCCUAGUGCUGAUGAUAUGGCUGAUGUACUGCUGGGGAUUGGCACAACAGUCCCAGAGCCGGUGUUCCUCUGCUCCAUCGAGCCCCCGAGCGCCGCUUACCAGACGGCUCUGGACACCGCUCUCGCUGAGCUGCAGAGGGAGGAUCCCAGCCUCCGCGUCACCAGUGACGACGAGACUGGACAGUUGGUGUUGGCUGGUAUGGGCGAGUUGCACCUGGAAAUAAUAAAGGAGCGGAUAAUACGCGAGUACAAGAUCGACGUGGACCUCGGUCCGCCGCAGAUCGCGUACAAGGAGGCGCUAAUCGGCUCCGCUAAGUUCACCCACAAUGUGGAUCGGAAGAUCGGCAACGCGAGGCAGGUGGUCAAGGUCAUCAUGUCUGCGAAGAAGGUGGCUGGAGUGCCGCAGGAUAAGAUCCUGAAGUUUGACAAAACGGCAGAGAGUGCGGCGAACCUAUCGCACAUCCCGCCGCGCUUCGAGCAGGCGGUCCGUCGCGGCGUGCAGUCUGCCGUCGCUCACGGCCCGAAACUCGGUUGUCCGUUGGUAGAUGUUCAAGCGACACUCCAUUGGCUGGAAGUGGGCAAGGGAACUUCGGACACCACAGUUUCGGCAGCUACCGUCCAGUGUUUGCGGAAGGUGUUCGAAGCGAGCGGCAGCGCGCUGCUGGAGCCGGUGAUGUCGCUGCAGGUGGUGUGCCCGCAGCGGCAGGCCGCGCGCGCGCUGGCCGAGCUGGCGCGCCGCCGCGCCGCCCUGCACCACGUGCACCUGCGGCACGGCAACAAGGUGAUAGACUGCCUUGCGCCCCUCUCCGAGCUGAUGGGCUUCUCGUCCACUUUGCGUUCGCUCAGUUCCGGUCUAGCAACCUUCACCAUGGAGUUCCACUCUUACCAGCAGAUGUCGCCUUAUGACGAAGAGAAGGCAAUACGAUCUGUUACCGGCUUUUGAAAUUGUUUGGAAUAUUUGUAAAAUAUAUUGUUCUGAUUGUCUUGUAAGGCUAAAGUAUAAAAAUGAAGUUCAGAUACUCAGAAGGGGGAAAGCGUAUAAUGUCAUCCAGGGCCCCAAGUCUGUUAGCUUAGAUAUUCAACUGUGUUGAAAUUGGUCCCUGUUAGAAUAGUUUAGCAUAUUUGGUAUUCUGAUAAAUAUUUAUGCUCAAUGGUCUUCCAUUGAAACACAAUCGUAUCCCAACUAAAUUGCCAUAUGAAAAUUAUGUCAUGGGAUAUUUUUUGUGGCAACACUGAGCAUUAUCUCAUUGAGACACCACCACAGUUCACCUGCAAUACUAUGCUAUUAUGACUCCGAUUUAUUUGUAUAACAAUAAUUGGAUUGUAAUGGUGUAUCAUUUAAUUAAAUAGCAGACUUAAUUUCUAUAUGUUGGAAUAAACGACGCAAUGACAAGAGAUUAAAAUUAUACAUUGCUUGCAAUCCACGGGCACAUCAUAUUACUGAGUUAGCAACCGCGCAGUGUAGUGCGUUCAUUGCGAUACAGUCGUGAGCGUAGUGUAGUGUCAUACAAAUCGUUUUUUUUUUUCCUUUUUAGCAUCUUUUAUCUUUACUGUGUUUAGAUACAUCUUUCCCUAAUAUGAAAUUGUGUUUCUAGACAAUAACCAGCGGGGGUAAAUUUAACAGAUUUAACGUUAUAUCAAUCCGACUAAUAUUAUAAAUGCGAAAGUUUGUAAGGAUGUGUGUGUGUUUGUUGCUCUUUCACGCAAAAACUGCUGAACCGAUUGCAAUGAUAUUUGGUGCGUAGACAGCUGAAAAACUGUAAUAAUAUAUAGACUUAUGUGAGUGAAACCGCGGGGCGCAGCUAGUUCUUCAUAAUUGCCUAAUUUAUGACAGUCUGUUAAUACAUAACAUAGACUUUCAAAGUGAUAGCAGUUGGUAGAUAAACAUCUGAUCACCAAUUCGUCCCGUUUCAAAGUAAAGUGAUAUUGUUAUAGGAUUCUAUGACUUAUCUGGUUGUAAGAAAGUCGUAUCUCAAGUGGCAAUUAUUCAUUAGCCAAAAUUAAACUCAAGUUAUUUCUAACAGUGUUUAUUAAUGCGUCCACAGAAUCAGUGUUUCUUGGUUACAUUAACAUAGCUCCUUUAUGUAACGUGUAAAUAAAACAAAUUACGAAACAUAAAUAGUUUAUUGUGAUUGUAAUUAUUAAA